ACUAUCAUUUGUACUCGUGCUCGAAGCGCGUCGGUGACCUGGCUGCGGUGCAGCCAAAUACGGAAGUGACGUCUUGACAGCGGUCGGGGUGUUCAUUCGCGUGCUGGCUUGUCAUCCACUGCGAGUUCAAUUCCAGCGGAGCUAUUUGUGCUGCCCAUCAACAACAAUGGCGCCCCUGUCGCGUCUCCUGACGCCGGGGAAUGCCAACUUGCUCUGCGGUCACGUCUCGAAGGCUCGCCACCGUUUGGGUUGGUUGUCCCGCGGGCGAGGCGAGCUGCUUUCCCGUCAGUGUGCCUGGGGUCGGAGUCGGACCCUCAGCAGCAGCAGCAGCAGCAGGAGCAGCUCUGCAGAGAGCUUGUGGUCUCUUUACAACCACACGAAAAAACACACUCAAGACGUCAUGCCGUCCGUCUCCAGCGCCUCCGUGGACCCCGACAGCAUCUUCGCCAACAACGAGAUGAGCCUGCGGGACACGGAGGUGUACGGCUUCGACUACGACUACACGCUGGCCUUCUACUCCCGUCAGCUGCACACGCUCAUCUUCGACAUCGCUCGAGACAUCCUCAUCAGCAAGCACAGGUAUCCAGAGGGCCUGCGGGAUUACGAGUAUAUUCCCAAUUUCGCCGUCAGGGGCCUUCACUAUGACGUUCAGAAGGCGCUGCUGAUGAAGAUCGACGCCUUCCACUACAUCCAGCUGGGGACCGUUUACAGGGGUCUUCACCCAGUCCCGGACGAGGAAGUCAUCGCCAUGUACGACGGCUGCCACGUCCCGCUGGAGAUCAUGAGCGACUUCUACGGCAAGAGUUCUCACGGUCACGCCAUGAAGCAGUUCAUGGACAUUUUCUCGCUGCCGGAGAUGAACCUCUUGUCGUGCGUCAACGACUUCUUCAUGAAGCACAAUAUCGACUACGAGCCUGUGCACUUGUACAAAGACGUCAAGGAAGCCAUCAGAGACGUUCACGUCAAGGGCAUUAUGUACCGAGCGGUGGAGGCAGAUAUUGGAAAAUAUAUUUGCUACGGCGAGCAGAGCCAAGCCGUGUUGAAGAAGUUGUCGGAGGACGGGAAGAAAAUGUUCCUCAUCACCAACAGCCCCUUCGACUUUGUGGACCGAGGCAUGAACUACAUCGUGGGGACGGACUGGAGGGACCUGUUUGACGUGGUCAUCGUGCAGGCCGAAAAACCCGGUUUCUUCAACGACAAGCGAAAGCCUUUCAGGCGCGUGACGGACAAAGGCGCGCUGCUGUGGGACAGAAUUCACAAGUUGGACAAAGGGCAGAUCUACAAACAGGGAAAUCUGUACGAGUUCCUGAGACUGACCGGCUGGAGAGGAUCCAAAGUGCUCUACUUUGGCGAUCACAUCUACAGCGACUUGGCAGAUUUAACCCUGAAGCACGGCUGGAGGACGGGCGCCAUCAUCCCCGAGCUGAGGAAGGAAAUCAAGAUCAUGAACACGGAGGAGUACGUGCACACCAUGACUUGGAUGCAGGCGCUGACGGGCCUGAUUGAGCAGAACCAGGUUCACCGGGAUCCCGCCUCUCAGGCCGUGGUGGAGGAGUGGACACGAGAACGGGAAGCCAUGAGGCCGCACACCAAGCGGAUGUUCAACCCCCAGUUCGGCAGCCUUUUCCGCACGUACCACAACCCGACGUACUUCUCGCGCCGACUCUCGCGCUUCGCCGACGUCUACAUGGCGUCCGUCAGCUGCCUGCUCAACUACGACUUCCAGCACACUUUCUUCCCGCGGCGGACGCCGCUGCAGCACGAGUCCCCCUUCGGGCAAGGGCAGCCCCACGCUGAGUCGUUCAAGAGAGGCGAAGGUGUGUUCUGAGCUGUCGCAAAACAAAUCGUUUCAAGUCCGUUUUUGUCGCCUUUUAAGCGUUCAGAUGCCCGGCUGGGGGUGGGCAAAGUGCGGCCCGCGAGGGAUCCCGCAUCUCUCCGUCUUUGGCCCACUCAUCAUUUAUUACCUCCUUUAUUCGUUUAAAACAAAAAAAAAAAACAAUCCUACAUUUUUGGCCAAAACACGUCCAUCUACUCCAGCAAAGAUUACAGACUUAACGAAAAAAUACAAAUGAAGAAAAGUUUUUAAAAAUAAUUGGAAUUUUACUUUCAAAAAGUAAAACCUACGUGCCUUGAUUAUGUAAAAUCGAAUUAUUUAAUAAAUGCAGUCAUAAGUUUGGUGCAUUGUUUCCCCCAAAUUAUUUUUAAAAUAUUUUUAUUAACUUUUUUCAUCCUUGAUCCUGUAAUUAGUUGUCGGUUAUGUCGUAGAACGUUAUUAUGAUUUUUAGUUUUUUUUUGUAAACCAUAGAAAUAUUUCAUGGCCUCGUUUCCGCGUUCGCUGGUGGCUGGUCAACAGGGGGCGCUCGGGCGCCGCCCCAGCACGACUGCGUCACCUUUAAAAGGACAAAAGUCAAAUCACAGUAUGAAAAUAUUACAAAUGAUAUCUGUCUUUAGACUAGCAGUAGGAUCAAUUGUGUCCACUUAUUGAUUAGACAAAUACAUUUAUUUAUUCAUCUCUUGGUUAUCUGAUUUUAUGACAAAAGUUGGGGCGCACUGAUAUUUUCCAUUGCGUUUUGUUGAAUGUUUGACAUGCGCCGUCGGUCCGCAUGAAAUAUGAAAGAUAUUUCUGAGGUUAGGCGUUGGAUUUCAGCGCCCUUUAACGAUAAACAAGGUUACUAUGUUAAGCCCCCCCCGCCCAUGCUGCGCCCUCCCAUCAAGUUAGUGUAAUGACAGGUUUGGAAAUGGGGGGGGGGGGGGUUUGGACCUUGCAAUAUCUCUAUUUUUUUUUAAAUAUUACGAUUUGACACGUCGAAAGUUCAAAUAAUUUGCUUUUGCGGUCCACAUAAAAUGAUGCGACUGGCUGGAUUUGGCCCGAGGGCCUUGACUUUCACACCCACGCAGCAGAUGAAUUAAAAAUGAUACAAUGAUGCAUUUAAUAUUAUUAUGAUUGUUGCUUUCUAAAUUCGACUGAAAUCCAAUGGAACCUUUGAAACGAUAUCGUUGUUGUUAUUGUUUUUCACCGACAUUUUGUCUUUCUUUCUUUUUGCCAACUUGACUCGAUGCGCGAACGAUUGGGCUCAUAUUUCCGUCUUAAAAGGUCAAAUGCGGCCCUCGAGCACCAAACUUUGGCCACCCCUGUAAACAUUUCUGUCUGCCAGUUUUAUUUUGAAAUCAAGGCUGCGACGGCAACACCGUGGCUGUGUCAAACGACGCCCCCUAGUGGUGGAUGUACUCGUUUAUUGCUAUGUCAUCGCCGUAAUAUUCACACGCAGCAUUUUACAUGGCAGGCCGCCUUAACGAUCACGUGAUGACUUUCUGCUAACGGCUGCGGGUGUUAAUCGCGCUUUCCACGAGUCGUGACUGGACCGUCCCGAGUUGCUGAGCGCUUUCGUCAUAUUUCGGUUUUUUUAUUGUCUUCAAAGCGGCCCGACGAGGUCUUGUGAAGUCCGCCGUUUACUUUUGCCGAAAGUAUUUGAUUAGAUGUCAUCAAUAUGCUUGAAUUUUUCAGUAUAUCUUGGGGGACACAAAAAAGGGACUCUUUCUUUUUUUUUUUUUUUUUAUUUGUCAUGUUGUAGAUUAAAGUUGUUAGCUGUUAUUUUUUUUUUUGUGAUGACUAUAAAUGUAUUUAAAGGGGACUUUUUUUUUUUGUCAAGGAAAACUGACAUUUUAAUUGUUUGUGUAGAAAUACUGCAGUUUCACGUGUGAAAAUCAACUUCCAUUUCGCCAGAUAUGUCGCUGAAAAGUGUCCUCAUAAAUGGAGCGCCAAAUGUCUCGCUUGGGUUUGUUGCCGCUCCUUGUUUGACAACAGCAAGUUGUGCACAAAGUACUCAAUGACAAAAUGAAAUGAAUAAAAAAGACAAAGUCA